AUUUUAAAAGGAAGGAGGCGUGCGUAGAAAAAAGGAGGCGUAGAGCGUAUGUGAGGAGCUUUUUGGUAAUUAAAAACCGAACUUCUUUCUGAUCAAAACAUCACCCUAAAAAAACAAAAAAAAAAGAAAGAAAGUUGAACUUCUUCUAACUACCUAGCGCCAAAACUACCAUCGUUUUCAAUUUCGUACUUUUUCAGUUCGUAAGUGCCUUCAUCGUGAUUAGAAGAAAGCAAAACCAGAGUAAAAUAUGUCAGAUUCACAGUCUAAUUCAGAGAUUUUCAGUGUUCGAAUUGUCACCAUAGACUAUUACAUGGCACCGCCAAUUCCAUCCAUUGAUAUCUGUUACAGCAGUUUCCAUGGUGGAAAAGUGAAUGAGGUUCCGGUUAUAAGAGUUUAUGGUUCUACUCCUGCUGGCCAGAAAACUUGCUUGCACAUACAUGGAGCUUUACCUUAUUUGUAUGUGCCGUGUUCAGAUAUACCACUUCAACUAGACCAAGAAGGUGAUGCAUACACCUACAUGGUAGCUGCUUCUCUCGAGAAAGCAUUGAAGCUUAAAGGCAGUGCUGGUUCAACGAGACAACAUGUUCAUGGCUGCAGCCUUGUACGAGCAAGGAAAUUCUAUGGCUAUUACUCAUUUGACGAGUUGUUUGUAAAGAUAUACCUAUAUUAUCCUCAAGAUGUCUCCCGUGCAGCAAAUCUUCUCUUGACUGGUGCUGUUUUCGACAAAAUUUUACAACCUCACGAGUCACAUAUUCCCUUUAUUCUUCAGUUUAUGGUUGAUUACAACUUGUAUGGCAUGGGUCAUUUACACCUAUCAAAGAUGAGAUUCCGCCACCCCAUGCCAGAUUCUAUUCAUAAGAAAUUUGACAUCAAUAGCCAACACAGAAAGGCAGAUCUGGGUGCUGAUGGAUGUUUGGAGUCAAAACUGUGGAUGUCUUCCAUGAUCUCAUCCGAUUGGAUGUGGUCAUUCCCUAGUGAAUUUGGGGCUUCAUCAAAUGAUAAGGCUCACUGCCCUAAGCGUCAAAGCAUCUGCGAGCUUGAAGGAGAUACUUCUUUAGAAGAUAUUCUUAAUCAGCAGCUUAAAAUGUUUUCAUCUCUCUCACAAUGCUCAAAUGUCAACAUGGUUCAGUCACUUGUACCAAUAUGGGAGGAACAGCGGAAACGGACUGGGAUUCAUGAGGCUACUAUGCCUUCAGAUCCUGGUAAACCACUAUCAGAAGAUGUCAUGAAACUUCUCUCUGCCGGUCUUGACUUUAAAAAAAAACUUAUUGAAUUCUGCACUGAAGCUGAGACCACUUUAUUUUGCACUCCUUUUGAGAAGGAACCCAGAGAAACUGACAUAAUAGGCUCAGCAACACCACCAUCUUCAUUGUGUGAAAAUACCAAAUUGCUUGAGGAAGGGACUGACACUAGGCUCAAACUGAUGAAAAUUGGUGAAAUGCAAUCAGCUGAAAAGAUUGGAAUGUUGGACAUAAAGGAUGCUGAUAUGGAAGCACAAAAUCUUCUCAAGUGGCUUGCAACUUCUCAAGCUGCAGAGGAUAUAGACUCUGAUGAUGAACUUGCUUGUGAGACAAUUUUGAGUCCCUUGCUACCUGCUGCAACAAUUGAUAAGAUGCUGGAGAAAGCGAAUAUGGCUUAUGAGAGUGAGUCCCAGCAGGAGUGUCAGGAUAUUCUAGAUUCAAUUGAUGGUAUGUUUGAGUUAGACCUACCAAAGGAAAAGCCUUAUCGUUCCUUUGAUCACAAUUCUCCCGUUAGAGCUUCCCCAGACAGUAUGAUACCUCAAGUUGAUGGUUCUAACGAUGAUGAAUUCUCAAGUCCAUAUGCUUGUUUGGCUGGAACCUCUUCUGCAGUCGAGAUAAACAGUGAACAUGAAGGACCUUCUGAGUGCCAUUUACUGCACAAUACUGACACAAGUGCAGUUUCCACAGCUAAAAAGAUUAGAAAAUGGGGAUCGUUGCCUUUCUCCAUGACCGGCAAGGUUAAUAACGAUGGAGAGCGUCCUACUUCACAAGUGACUCCUCUGUUUGAAAGUGCCGGAGAUUCUGCUCUCUCCGAUUACUUAACCAUAAAUGAAGUUAAAAACAAUACUUGUAUUCGAAGAAAUGAUGGCGAAGGCGCUUCAGAUUCAAAAGAAGUACAUGGAUUGGUUAGCUGCUCGUUACGGGACUUGAUGAGGCGAAAGCGAUCCCAUCGAGUUGAACAUGAUGAACAUCAAUCUGGAACUGCAAAGAAGCUUAUUUUGGAUAGGCACGUGGGACCAAAUUCACGCCUUUGGCAAAAACAACUAGAUUUGGAAACAAUGCAAACCGAUGAAGAAGAAAUAGAACUCCAGAAAUAUUCUGAUCAUAAAGUGAGCAGUCACGAUAAUUUAAUCUGUGGGAAACAGUCACAUCCAUCUGGCAGUGAUAGUUUUUUGAAUUUGCCAAAAGAUGAAUGUUUUGGUCAACAUAAAAGGGGGUGUUUCGAAGCAAGUAUUGAUUCCAUGUACCAAUCUGGGGCUUGCAAGGAGGAAAACAGUAAGGAUGGAACAGCUUAUGCAAAACCAGUAGCUUCUGAUGCCUAUACCCCGAAUCACUCUUUGGACACUCAGUUGAGAACUGUUGAUAAUAAUAAAGUCAGAGCUCCUGAGAGGUGUCAGCGAACUAAUUCCGCUGCUUCAGGUAGUAGACAGAACUCAUUAAUUGAUGACGGAGUAUUGGGCAAAAAUAAAUUUUUCAUUCAUGAUUUCCUUAUGCGCACUGAAAUAGCCACUUGUGAUAAUUCUUCAGUUGACAAGAAUCUUGAAAGUAAUUUGUCCUUGCCAACCUUCUCUGAUACCCAUUUACAUUUGGAUGAGGAUGAUGAAAUGCCAGGGAAUGCUCUGGAUGUUUUUCUUCCUAAUUCUGCAAAGAAUUCCCAGAAACAGAUGGAACCUUGGAACAAGUGUGUUACUAAAACCCACAAGUUCUCUGGGACAAAGGGUGUUGCCACUUACUAUCAAAAUGAUGGCUCUCACCUAUACCUAUUAACACCUAAUAUUUUGCCUCCUUCUGCCAGUUCUGUGCAGAGAUGGCUAUUUUGUGAUGAGAGAGAACCUGAUGCAGAGGACCAGGAUGUACCUAAAUGCACUUCUGAACAUCCUCUUAGGCAUACUCCUGAUCAAAUGCAUCAAGAACCUGAUGUAGAGGACAAGGAUGUAUCUAAAUGUGCUUCUGGACCUCCUCUUAGGCCUGAGCUGUAUCAAGAUGCUGGCACAGAAAAGAAGCUUACAUGCAUUAGCGAAGGACAAACAGAAAGAAUAGAAGCAUGCAUAGAUGGCUCUCAAGAUAUUUCUCAGAUAUCAGGCCCUGAUGAGAAAUCAAGCUUUACCCCUCUAAGUCAAGUUGGUUUUCGGGACCCUGCAAGUGUUGGCCGUGGACAGCAAUUGACAUUACUUAGUAUAGAGGUUCUUGCAGAAUCUAGAGGAGACCUUUUACCUGAUCCCCAGUUUGAUGGCAUAAAUAUUGUAGCUCUGGGUUUUCAGAACGAUGGUGAUGCUAUUAUUGAAGUUCUAGUUCUUUUGCAUAGUAAAUAUUUUUCUUGUCAGAGAAGUCUUGAUGGACUAUCAGGCUGCAAAGUUUUGGUCUUCAAUGAUGAGAAGCAUUUGUUCAAAGAAUUUAUAAAGAUUGUGUCUUCAUCUGACCCAGAUAUAUUGAUGGGUUGGGAUAUUCAAGGGAGUUCUCUUGGUUUUCUAGCAGAAAGGGCUUCACAUCUUGGUUUGGGAUUGCUUAAUGAUUUGUCUCGCACUCCAUCUAAUUCUUCGAUUAAUUCACAAGACACCAAAAUUUCUGAAAAAGGUAUCUUGGAAAUGGACAUCCCUGAUACUCCUAGUCUAGAUUGUUGUGUGCAAGAAAGUUCAAUAAUUGAGGAUGAAUGGGGACGAACACAUGCUAGCGGAGUUCAUAUAGGUGGAAGAAUUGUUCUUAACGUGUGGAGAUUGAUUCGGGGAGAAGUUAAGCUGAAUUUGUAUUCAGUUGAAGCUGUUGCUGAAGCUGUAUUAAGGCGGAAAAUUCCUUCAAUUAACCACAAGGUGCUGACAAAAUGGUUUUCAAGUGGUCCAGGAAAAGCAAGAUAUCAGUGUAUCAAAUAUGUUGUGGAUAGAGCAAAGCUGAGCCUUGAGAUUAUAAACCAACUUGAUAUGGUGAAUCGAACAUCCGAACUUGCUCGUGUCUUUGGAAUAGAAUUUUUUUCUGUUCUCUCUCGAGGCUCACAAUACCGUGUUGAAUCCAUGUUUUUGAGGUUGGCCCAUACACAAAACUAUCUUGCUAUCUCGCCUGGAAAACAACAGGUUGCUUCUCAACCUGCCAUGGAAUGCCUGCCACUAGUUAUGGAACCAGAGUCAGGAUUUUAUUCAGACCCUGUUGUUGUACUUGACUUCCAGUCUUUAUAUCCUUCAAUGAUAAUUGGAUACAACCUUUGCUUUUGUACAUGUCUUGGCAAAGUUGCAGCGUCAAAGACUAACACACUUGGGGUUAGUCCAUUUUCACCAGAGCAGAAUGUUCUGCAGGAUUUAAAAGAUCAAAUCUUGCUCACUCCAAAUGGUGUCAUGUUUGUACCAUCCAAGGUUCAAAGAGGUGUACUUCCCCGCUUAUUGGAAGAAAUUUUAUCAACUAGAAUAAUGGUUAAACAAGCAAUGAAAAAGUUGUCUCCUUCAGAGCAAGUCCUUCAACGGAUAUUUAAUGCAAGACAGCUUGCUUUGAAGCUCAUAUCAAAUGUAACAUAUGGUUACACUGCUGCUGGAUUUAGUGGCCGCAUGCCUUGUGCAGAACUUGCAGACAGUAUCGUUCAAUGUGGACGCAGUACACUGGAAAAGGCUAUAUCAUUUGUAAAUCAACAUGAGAAGUGGAAUGCUAAAGUUAUAUAUGGAGACACUGAUAGUAUGUUUGUCCUCCUUAAAGGACGUACUGUCGAAGAGUCCUUCCAAAUUGGGAAUGAGAUUGCUUCUGCUGUCACUGCCAUGAAUCCUAAUCCUGUCACCUUGAAGAUGGAGAAAGUGUAUCAGCCAUGUUUCCUCAUUACUAAAAAGCGAUAUGUUGGAUACAGUUAUGAAAGCCCCAAUCAAAUUGAACCUGUUUUUGAUGCCAAAGGUAUUGAAACAGUACGCAGGGACACAUGUGGUGCAGUUGCAAAGAUAAUGGAGCAAUCUUUGAGGCUCUUUUUUGAGCACCAGAGUUUAUUAGAGGUGAAGACUUAUUUGCAACGUCAGUGGAAGAGGAUUCUUUCAGGCAGAGUCUCCCUUAAGGAUUUUAUCUUUGCAAAAGAGGUUCGCUUGGGUACCUAUAGUGCAAGGAUCUCAUCUCUUCCUCCUGCUGCAAUUGUGGCAACUAAGGCAAUGAGGGUUGAUCGUAGGGCUGAACCACGUUAUGCAGAGAGAAUACCUUAUGUUGUAAUCCAUGGAGAACCUGGAGCUCGCCUGGUUGAUAUGGUUGUUGAUCCGUUAGAAGUUUUGGCAAUUGAUUCUCCAUUCAGAAUAAAUUAUUUAUAUUACAUUAAUAAACAAAUAAUACCGGCUUUACAGCGAGUAUUUGGGCUUGUUGGUGCCGACCUGAACCAGUGGUUUGCAGAGAUGCCUCGUUCUAUAAGGGAAGCUUCUGUAAAGCAUGCAUUCACCUCAAACUUCCAACGAACCAGAAUUGAUUAUUACUAUCUCUCAAAACAUUGUGUACUCUGUGGUGGGUUGGUCCAAGCAUCGGCCCGUUUAUGUAAUCAAUGUUCUGAAAAUGAGGCGGCGGCUGCGACAGCGGUGAUUAGUAAGACUUCGAAGUUAGAGCAAGAGAUGCAACAUCUUGUAUCUAUAUGUCACCACUGUGGAGGCGGGGAUAGACUUCUCGAAAGUGGUGUGAAAUGCACGUCCAUUUCAUGCUUGGUGUUCUAUGAGAGGCGGAAAGUUCAAAAAGAGCUACUAGCUGCCACCCAUGUUGCUGCAGAUAAAGGCUUCUAUCCAAGAUGCAUGGUAGAAUGGUUUUAAAAGCAUGUCUUCCUUGUUAGUAAAAUAUUUUGGGAAUUGUUAAAUGUACCGUAACAAAUGAUAUUUUACCUCUGAUUUUCCAGUUUGAAAAAAAAUACCCUUACUUAUUUUCUUCUCCAUCACACUCCUAUCUUUCCGAUUUUCAUUUACCAUAUACAAGAUAUACCAUAAAUUUGAAGUUUAUAGUGUAUAUUUUGUACACUGUAAACUUAAAAUUUAUGGUUUAUAUUUUUUAACAAAGGGUAUACUUUUUCAAAAUAUAUAGGGGUACACUUCCAAUUGUUGGGUUACAGUUAAUAAUUCCCAAUAUUUUUUGCUCAAAAGUGAUAAAAAUAUCGUAGUUUUCUGUAUAUUCGAAGCCCUACGAUUAGGCUAGUGGAAAUAGGUUUGGAUACAUGAUGUUCCAAAAGUCCAAACUCAUUUUCACCAUUGUAAACAAUAAUCUAUACAUUCAGUUAUGUGAUUAUCAAUUAUCCAAGUGUAAUGCUAAGUAAGACUAGAACAAUUUCUUUUUUACAAUUUUCUUCCAUCAAUGUAUAUAGGGUGUACAUUCCGUGCAUUUUAUAUGUGAGAAACAUUAGAUUAUGCAACCAACAUUAC